CUAAUUCUAUUGCGUAUUUCUGGAAGCAUUGAUCUCUCAGUAAAUUCUUAAAAAUCAAUUUUCAAUUACAUUUAUAAUCUAGACAUUUGGGUUGUUCAAACGUCAACUGUAAUAAAUUGAUUUAUUACGUACUGAAAUAAAAAUUUUGUUGUGCAUUUUCAUUCUUUGAUUGAAUCACUAAAAUGGAAAAAAUAAAACAAGUUGUGCACUGCACAGAUCAGUCGCAUUUGAUUGAGAAAUUAGAUGAGCUAAACGAGGAAGAGCAAGCACUAUUGUUUAAAGAUCUUUCAUUGUUUGAUUUUUUUGAAGUAAACUCUAUUUUCAAAAAGUGUAUUGAAGGAAUGAAAAAUACAACGAAGCUUGAUAAGAUCAUUGAACCUCUUCCAAAGGAAAUUAUUGGAUCUUCCAUAAAGAGUUCACCUGAUGAACUUUCAAACUUCACUCUAAAAGGUUACGAAGAAAUUUCAAAAAAUAAAGUUGCUCUUAUCCUGUUGGCUGGUGGUCAAGGAACUCGUCUCGGCGUACCCUAUCCAAAGGGAAUGUAUGAUGUUGGUUUGCCCUCACACAAAACUCUGUAUCAACUUCAAGCUGAAAAAAUUCUGAAAGUUCAGGAAAAUGCAAAACAACAUACAAAUUCUCCAUCUGCUACUGUCACUUGGUAUAUUAUGACAUCAGAACACACAAAAGAGUCCACAGAGGAAUUUCUGAAAAUGAAUAACUAUUUUGGUUUAAAAAGUGAAAAUGUAAUCAUCUUUGAGCAGCAUAUGCUACCCUGUUUUAGUUUUGAGGGUAAAAUUAUUUUAGAGUCUCCCUUUAAGAUAUCUAAAGCUCCUGACGGCAAUGGAGGAUUGUACAAGGCUUUAAAGACAAACUAUAUUCUUGAAGACAUGAAGACGCGCGGUAUUCAACAUGUUCAUGUUUACGGGGUGGACAACAUAUUGGUAAAAUUAGCCGAUCCCGCGUUCAUCGGAUUUUGCUUAUCUCAAAGUGCCUGCUGUGGGGCAAAAUUUGUUGAAAAAACAGAUCCGGCAGAAGCUGUUGGAGUUAUCUGCAAAGUUAAGGAUCAUUUUGAGGUUGUUGAAUAUACUGAAAUAACUUCGGAAACUGCAGAAAAGCGAUGUUGUGAUGGCAGUUUGUUGUAUUCAGUUGGUAAUAUCACUAAUCAUUAUUUUCAUUUUGAUUUUUUAAUGAAAGUUUGUAGUGGUAAUCAAGAACUUUUGCAUCAUGUCGCAAAAAAGAAGAUUCCGUUUUUAAAUAAAAAAGGAGAGACGGAAAAACCAACUAUGCCUAAUGGUAUAAAAAUGGAGAAAUAUGUCUUCGAUGUUUUUCAAUUUGCAAAGCGCUUUGUUGUAUGGGAAGUAUCUCGAGAUGAUGAAUUUUCACCACUUAAAAAUGCUGAUGGAGCAAAAGAUUCAACUCCGACUACUUGCAAAAAUAUGUUUCUUGAUCUCUGUAGACGUUAUGUUGUGAAAGCUGGCGGAAGCUUUUCUAAUACAGAAAAAGAAGAGGAUUUUGUCUGUGAGAUAUCUCCUCUGAGGUCCUACUCUGGGGAGGACCUCAAAGAAAGCAUUGAAGGCAAAACAUUCAAGUCGCCUUUGCUAUUGUAUGGAAUUACUGAAAGACAAAGAGAUGUUAUGAAUAAGGUUUAA